AUUGGCUGUAAAAUCUAGUGGCGAAUCGGUUAAGAGCUGGCACUAAAUUGGCCACGCUGGCAGAUCGGUGUGAAAGUGUAUAAAUUGCAUCAGUUGGCUUUGUCUUGUAGGUUAUUAUUCAUUAAAAAGUCAAUAUUUGUACGGGUUAAUUUGCAGCUGAUACCAACUACAAUUCAAUAGCUUGGAUUGGUCAAACGUUUCUUUCACCAUGGUGGUCUUGAAAAAGAAAGAGAUGAUGCAAUGUUAUACAUUUUUCUUGCUAAUCAUAGUAGUUGUAGCAUCAGCUAUACCAACUAAAGCUGAUGACCAGAAGAAACGGGUCAAAGAAAAGUCUCUCAGUGAUGCAAGUCAUUCAGAAGAUGGAGAACAUAACAACGACUAUGAUCAUGAAGCAUUUCUAGGUAAAGAAGAGCGACAGACAUUUGAUCAACUUUCACCAGAAGAAAGUCGAGACAGAUUAGGAAAAAUAUUUGAAAAAAUUGAUAAAAAUUCUGAUGGUUUUGUAUCUGAAGAUGAAUUAAAAGAUUGGAUACAGUAUGUACAGAAACGUUAUAUUACAACAGACACAGAAAGAAUGUGGAAAGAUUAUGAUAUAUCUGAUACAAAUGAAAUUACCUGGAAUGCUUAUAUGAAAAGAACAUAUGGUUAUGGAGAUGCUGGAGAGCCUAAAGAAGGUGAUCCUGUAUAUGAAUACCGUGAUAUGAUCACUAGAGAUAAAAGAAGAUGGGAAAGAGCCGAUGGUAAUAAUGAUGAUAAAUUAAAUAAAGAAGAAUUUAGCAACUUUUUACAUCCUGAAGAUGCCGAACAUAUGAGAGAGAUAGUAGUUCUUGAAACAUUAGAAGAUAUAGAUAAAGAUAAAGAUGGUUUUAUUAGUGUAGAAGAAUAUAUAGCUGAUAUUUAUGACGAGGCAGACGAAGAUGACGAUGAGGAAGAUGGACACCAUGAAGGGGGUGAACCUGAGUGGGUUCAAGCUGAACGAGAUCAAUUUGCUAACACCCGAGAUAAAAAUGGUGAUGGUAAAUUGAACAAGGAAGAAAUUAGAGAUUGGAUUAUUCCCGAAGAUUACGACCACGUUUCGGCAGAAGUGGAACAUCUUAUCCACUCUUCUGAUGAAGAUAAGGAUGGAAGGUUAACUAAGCAAGAGAUUUUAGAUAAGCAUGACUUGUUUGUUGGAAGUCAAGCUACAGAUUUCGGUGAGGCUCUCACAAGACAUGAUGAGUUUUAAAUCCGCAGAAAGUAGGAGUAUCAAAUUAAAUCCGAACUAUGUGUGAAUGUGAACAGUACAUAUUAUUUUGCGUACAGUAGGAGUGAAUCUGAACUAGGGUAAUUGCCUUUAUGAAAAUAAAAGAGUGAUAGAUCUAGUUAUAACUUCAAUGUGUGAGACAGUGGAGUCAUUGGUGAAUAAAAACAGUAUUUUGCCGUUUAGCACCAAAAUUUUGAACAGUUGUGGGCUAGAUCUAUGAGUACUUUACUGAUCAAAGAUAUCUUACUGCAUGAACCACUUAUCAGUAUUUUGAUUGGUAGAAGAACAAGAAUAAUGGCAGAAUUCCAUUUAAUUUUUUUUUAUUUUUUGUAAAAGAAUUAGAAUUGUCCGUUAAUUUCUUUUAUAAAGAAUUUAUGCCUCUUUAUUGAUCAGGUACUUGUAACUUUUAUAUCCAAGAUAUAUUAAUGAGGGUGGGAAUAAGUGAGUUGUCUGCCCUUCUUAUUUAUUUUGCAUUGUGAAGAUUUAGGGUACCGGUAGUGUUGAGGAAAUAUGUAGAUUUUUUGUUUUUCAACAGUUUACUACUGCCAUUCAUUCCAAUCUUUCUGAAAUCUUGUGUUCAAUUUGUUGUGGGAAAAGAGCUUUUUAUGAUAAUUCUUGAUUCUGUAGAUGGACUAAAUUCACCAUAUUAUUUAAUUAAAUAAAUGCAAGUGUCGGCACAAAAUGUUGCAGAUUAUCCAUAAUGUUAAGGGCAGACAACUUAAAUUAUUCCGCUUUUAGUUUUAUAUAUGGAGUGAAAUAUGUACAUAUUACUAGUCAUACAAUUAAGCAUUAGAUUCAUUAAAAAAGAACUAAAAUCUUAUCCCUGUAUUCAUAUCUUGAAUGAUAAAACUAUAUCAAUAAUACUCAAACCUGAUAGAGUAAGCAGUAUAUGCACUUAAUUUAUCUUAAUCUUCCAUUGCUUUUAUUUUUUAACCAUUGUAUGGAUUAUUCUUUAUAUUUUCUAUGGUGCUUUUUUGGUUGUUUGAAGAUGGUGAAUAAUUAUAUCAGUUUAAGAAUUAUGAAACUAAACGUACUUAUAUAGAUAUAGAUCUUAAAUAAUAUAUAAUGGCAUGAGUAUACCAUUUUAACUAGAAAUCACAAGGUGGUGUGACAAUGAACAAACACAUCGAACAUAGCAAUAUAUAUAUAUAUAUAUUAAAGUAACACACAGCAGUUUUAUCGCCUCUGAUGAAAUUUUUUAAAUUGGUAUUGAUGAUUCCACGGUUUUACCUUCAAAAAGGUAUAGCUACUCGACAAUCCGUUUUAUUUCCAGUCCAUAAAGAAUGAUAUGUGUGAGGAACGAGAGACCCAAUCCAUAGCUGUUUGAUUAUGCUUUGUAAUACUAUGAUGGGGGAAUUGCUCUUCAAUGUGUAUAAUAUUUCUGGUGUAGAAAGUCAAGCUUUUCAUUCAAUUUUUUGUAAAGAAAUAUAAAUCACAUACAUGUACAAGCUGCAUCUUUUUGGGAGAAAAUUUAAGAUUGUUCUAAUAGUAGUUAUUUAGUAAUAGAUUUAUUCAUUUGGUUAAAAAGUGUUCAUUAUUAUGCCAACUUGUAUAUAUUUCACUAAACUGUAGUUUUGUUAAAGUCUUUUUUUACAUGUGUUUCAUUAAAAAAGGAAAAUAAAAGAUUGUUUAUUUCAAAUGA